GAAAGUUACCACUUCCGGUGUGGGCGGAGUUUGGUCAGCCGCGGUUGGAUUUAGUCAUGGUAGUUGCCGCUCUCUUAGCUGCUGCUGGUGGACGAACUCUACAUCGGGGAGCUUCUACGGUAGGAAGACGCGUCUCCUGCGCCAGUCCUGGGGUGACGCUUGGCUGUCGCCGGGAGGCUUCUUCAAAAGAAGGGGAAGUUGGCGGCGAUAGCGGAAGCAAGGUGCCUUCCAAGAAUGUGGAAUCCUUUGCAUCAAUGUUGAGGUCCUGCCCUUUAAUUCAGAUGGGGCCUGCCAAAGACAAAAUUGUCACGGGACAAAUUUUUUACAUAUUAGAAGAUGAUCUGUACAUUGAUUUUGGUGGCAAAUUUCAUUGUGUUUGCAAGCGACCAGCAGAUGGCAAGUAA